AUGCUGGAUGUGGUAUGCGUUUUCAAGAAUGCAGGAUCGGGAUUCAAACUCUCGGGGCCGCCGAAUAUCUCGACCGGUUCGCCCUCACCGUCACUGAAAAGAUUCAUUCUCAAAUACAUAAGUCGGUAUAAGCAACAGAUCUGGGAGUUUCGGAAUUUCGCACAGCCACCUUCGAGAAUACCCAUCCUGCACCGUACGCCAACUAGAUAUCCCACAAGUAUCCUCAGCACCACCGCCGUCCAGCUGCAUCCUCCCCUGCAAAUAUCCUAUCACGCCAAAACCCAGCCACCACCCUCCAACUCUCAGCAAACAGGACCUCUGCGCCCCUCGCCGCGCCUUCCUCAGCUUCGAACCUUCCCUACAAUCGCAAAUGUUCUCCCUCCUCCGCCCACAAUCCGCGCAGAUGAUGCAUACUACCAGACGCUGCUCGCGGCCUCUGGCGGAAGUACCAAACAGACCUACACGUCAAGCGCAUCAUGGGCACCGCGCGCCUGUGCUGGCUCCAACGACUCUCCCGCGAAGAAGUCAUGA